AUGUCAAUUGAUAAUAAAACCCAAUUAAAAUAUCUUACAGAAGAAAAGAAAAAGAAUAUCAAACCAAAGAAAGUAAGUAAAAAAGAAUUUAAAGAACCAAAAGAAGAAAAAAAAGAAAAAGAAAUUACAAGAAUUCCAUUUCCAACUGGUUAUUCAUUAAAUCCAAAAGAUAAAAUUCUUGGAGUUGUUUCUGAAAUUAAAGAUGGUAGAAUUAUAAUUAGUUUACCAUUUAGAUUAAAAUAUGUUUGUUCAUUUGAAAAUAUUCCAUUUGUUAAACUUGGAGAUAUAAUUCCAUUAUCAGUAAUUUCACCAACUACAAAAGAAAAUAGAUUAGAUUGUACAUUUGAUAUUUCUAUAAUAAAUGAAAAUAGAGGAAUUAAAAUAAAUGAUGUUGUUUAUGGAAUAAUUCUUUCAAUUGAAGAUUAUGGAUAUCAAGUUAAUGUUGGAAAUAAUAAUACAGUUUUUGUUAAAAAAAAUGAAGAUAUAAAUGAUAUAACAGAAGAAAAUGAUAUGUCAGAAAUAAGUAAUGAAGAAAAUGAAGAAAAUGAAGAAAAUGAAGAAAAUGAAGAAGAAAAUAAAGAAAAGAAAGAAUUUAGAAUAAGAAAAGUAGGAGAUUUUAUUCAAAUAAAAAUUACAGAAGAAGUAGGAGAUAAAUUUAAAGGAAUUAUUGCAGAUAGUAGUUGUAUUGUUGAAGAAAUGAAGAAUGUAAGAGUAGGAUGUCAUGUUAAAGUUAAAAAUAAUUAUCAAACAAAAAAUGGAAAUGUUAUGAAAAUGUCAGGAGGAAAUUUAUAUUGUCAUUUAUUUCAUAAUAAUGAAGAAGGAGAAGAAGGAGUAGUUAUUUAUUAUAAUAAUCAACUAAAUAAAUAUUAUAUAAGUAUGUUACCACAUGUUAUUUGUGAAGAUUUUGAAACUAAAACACCACUUGAAUAUUUUAAAAUUAUAGAAUUUACAAUUAGUAAAAUAGAUGAAAAUGUAGGAAUUAUUGGAGAAACUGAAGAUAAAGAAGAAGUAUUUUUAUCAAAAAAACAAAUAAAAGAUGAAAGUUGUUCAGAUAUUCCAAAAGAAUUUAAAAUAGGAAGUACACAUAAAGGAAGAGUAAUGUAUUAUUCAGCAUUUGAUGGGUAUUGUGGAAUAACAACAAGAGAAAGUAUAUUAUCAGAUAAAUAUCAAAGUAUAUUUGAUAUUAAAUCAGGGAUGAUAAUUGAAGGAACAAUUAAAGAAGUUAAUGAAAAAGGAAUUAUUGUUAAAAUAGGAGAAAAAAUCUAUGGAUUUUGUGAUAAAAUUAAUAGUGGAGAUAUUCCUAUUGAAGAUUUACAAAGUGUAUUUAAAAAAGAACAAAAAAGUAAAUUUAGAGUAUUAACAGUAAAUAAUAGAAAUAAUAGUAUUUAUUUAACACAUAAAAGAACAUUAAUGAAAGCAACAACACCAAUUAUUACAACUAUUGAAGAAACAGAAUUAAAUACAAUAACAUUUGGUACAGUAACAUUUAUUGAUAAUAAAAGAGGAGUAUAUUUAAAAUUCUUUAAUAAUAUAGAAGGGUUUAUUCCUACAAUUGAAUUAUUUAAUCAAAAAAUAGGAAUGAUUAGUAUUGGACAACUUUUAAAAGUUAGAAUUAUUUCAUUUGAUAAACAACUUUUACUUUGUUCAUUAAAUUUAUUCCCAGAAGAAAAUGUACCAGAAAAAUAUGAAGAUGUUAGUAGACAUUUUGAAGUAGGAGAAAUUUAUGAAGGAAUUGUUGUUGCUAAAAGAGAAAAAAUUAUGUUAGUAAGAAUUAAAAGUGGAGAUGUUCAAUAUAUUGCAAUGAUGCCAUAUUAUCUUGUUAUUGAUGGAGAUGAAGGACAAGAUAUUCCUAAAAUGAUAAGAAAUGGAACAAUAUUAAAAGAAUGUUUAUUAUUAAAGAAUCAAAUGGGACAAAUGGUAAUUACAACAAAGAAAUCACUUAUUUCAUUAAGAAAAAAAAUAGGAAAAUUUAAUUCUAAAGAAGAAAUGACAGUUGGAAAAUAUAUUGGAUAUGUAAGUAAAAUUAAAGGAAAGUAUUGUUUCAUUUCAUUUUAUAAUGGAGUAACAAUACUUUGUUAUAGAAUGAAUGUUAGUGAUACUAAUUUACCAAUUGAAGAAGUAUUAGAAGUUGGACAAACAGUAUAUGGAUAUUUAAAUAAGAAAGGUAUUUUUUCAUUAAAAGAAAGUAGUGUAGGAAGUAUUAAAGAAGAAUUUAUGUUAUUAAGAGUAGAAAGAGAUGUUGAACCAAAAUAUGGAAGUCAACUUAAAAUAGAAAUAAAAGAUAUUAAACCAUAUGGAAUUAUUGGAAAAAAUAAAGAAAGAGAAGAAACAAUAUUUAUUCCAAAAACAGGAAUUGAAGGAGAUAUUAAAGAAAUGAAUAAAGGAAAUACUAUGAAAUGUAUUGUUAUUGGAGUUGAUAAAGAAAGAAAAAUGAUUGAUUGUAUUCAAGAAAAAAUGAUUACAAAACAACAUAUAGAAAAUAAUAAAAUAUAUAAAGGAAAAGUUCUUCUUAAUAAAGAAGAGUAUUGUGUUUGUCUUGUUGAAGGAAAUAUUGUAUUUGUAAAUAAAAUUCGAAUGAAUGGAGGAAAAUAUACAGUAAAAGAAGAAGUUGAAAUAAUCAUUGGAAAAGAAAUGGAAGGAUAUCAAAAUAUUUAUGAAGGAACAAUUAAUAGUAAACCAAUUGUUUAUAGCAUUAAAAAUAAUACAAUUAAUAUUGGAGAGAAGAUAGAAGGAGUAGUAAGUUAUACAAAUGAAAGUAUUAGUUAUUUAAAUUUAGGAAAAGGAAUUACAGGAAGAUUACAUAAAAUUAAUAGUACAAAGAAGAUAGAAAUAGGAGAGAAAAUAGAAUGUUAUAUUAUUGGAAUACAAGUUAAAGGAGAAAUAAUUAAAGAAAAAGGAAAAGAAAUAGAAGGAAGAAUAGAAAUAGUUGAAUUAAGUAUGAAGGAAGAAGGAAAUAUGGAAGAAAAAAUUCAAGAAGGAGAAGAAAUCGAAGGAAUUAUUAGUAGAGAAAUGAAAGAUGGAUAUAUAAUUUCGUUUAAUUCAAUACUUAAAGGAAAAUUAAAUUAUAUUGAAAUAGGAGAUAAUAUUGAAGAAAUUAAUAUAAAUAAAAAAGAAUAUAAUGUUGGAGAUAAAAUAAAAGUUAAAGGAUAUUAUAGUAAAGAAAAUAUCUAUUUAAUAAAAGACAAAAAAGAAGAAAUUAAAGAAGGAGAAAUUAUUGUUGGAGAAGUUAUUGGUAAUAAUACAAAAGAAUUAAAAAUUAAAGUAUUAAUUAAAGGAAAUAGAAUAGGAUAUAUUCAUUAUUGUGAUAUAAGUAAUGUUUUUAAUCCAUUUCCAAGAGAUUAUUUACAAAAUGGAAAAUAUAUUAAUAUGUAUGUACUUUCAAAUAAACCCGAAAUUUUAUGUUCAAUGAGAAAAGAAUAUUUAAAAGAAGCUUAUGAUGAAAUAUUCCCACCAUUAAUAGGAGGAGUUCAAACACGUAUUGUAACAAAAGAUACUAUUAAAGAAGGAGAAAUUUUAACAGGAUAUAUUAUAAAAAGUAGUGAAGAAGAAGGAGUUGAUGUAAUGGUAUCAAGAGAUGUAACUAUUCAUGUAGCACCAGGAGAAUUAUUAGAUAAUACAAGUUAUCAUGGGAAAGAUUUUUCAAGAAUCUUUUGUAUUCAACGAUUAGUAAAAGUAAGUAUCAUUGAUAAAGAAGGAUUAGAAGGAACAUUAAAACAAAGUGUUAUUUAUCCAGGAAUAAUUAAAUACUUUAAAGAUAUCAAAGAAAAUAUAGUAACUAAAUGUGUUAUAGUAAAUAUUACAAGUGAAGGAUUGUUUUUAAGAUUCUUUAAUUCUAAUAUUCGAGGAUUAUGUCAUUGUAGUAAAAUAGAAGAUAAAAAAUUAACAAAGAAAGAAAUGGAAAAGAGAUUUAAAAUUAAAGAUGUCAUAAUGGCAAAAGUAGUUCAUAUUGACAAGAAGAAACAUCGAGUUAAUUUUAGUAUCAAACCAGAAGAUGUAGGAGAAGUAGAAAUGAAAGAUGAAGAAGAAACAAUAGCUAUUGAUCCAUGGAAAUUAGCAUUAAAAAGAAAAGAACAAAAAAGAAGAAAUGAAGAAAAAGAUAUUGCAAUUAAAGAAGAAAUGAAAGAUGAAGAAUUUAAAGAAGGAGUAGAAGAUGAGGCUAACAUAGAAUGGGAUGAUCCUACUAAAGAAGAAGAAAAACAUGAAAAUACUACUAUGGAAGAGGAAGAAGAAAUAGAAGAAGGUAAAGAUAAUAAUAAAGAAGAAGGAAGUAUGGAAGAAGAUAAAGAAGAAGAAGAUAAAGAAGAAGAAAAUAUGGAAGAAGAGGAAAGUGAAGAAAUUGUAUUAGAUUUAGAUGAAUGUCAAAAAGGAGUUGAAAAAGACCCAGAUAAUUCAAUAGAAUGGAUUAAAUUAAUGCAAUGUUUCAUUCAAAGAAAAGAAAUAGAUGAAGCAAGAAAAGUAGGAAAGACAGGAAUAGAAAGUAUCAAUUUUAGAAAAUUAGAAGAGAAAUUAAAUAUUUGGAAAGCAUUAAUGCAAUUAGAAGCUAAUCAUGGAGAUGAAAAGAGUUUAAAGAAAGUAUAUAAUGAGGCAUUAGAGGUAUGUGAUAGGAAGAAAAUCAUGCUUCAUAUGAUUCACAUUUACAAAGAAAAGAAAGAGGUAGAAGAAGAAGAGAAAAUCUUCAGAACAUUAUUUAAGAAAGUUAAAGGCAGUUGUAAAGUAUAUAAGAAAUACUGUAAUUUCCUAAUGAGAAACAACAGAGAAGAAGAAAUCAAAAACACAUUAAGCAAAGCAAAAACAACAUUAGAUAAAAAGAAAAUGAUAAGUUUAGAAAUUCAUAUUGCCCGAUUAGAAUAUAAAUAUGGAUCAGUUGAUAAAGGAAGGUCAAUGUUUGAAGAUAUUUUAACAAACAAUCCAAAACGACAUGAUGUUUGGAAUAUUUAUAUUGAUAUGGAGAAAGAAGUAGGAGAUGUAGGAGUAAUAAGAAGAAUAUUUGAACGAAUAGUUAAACAAAAACUAAGUACAAAGACAAUGAAAACAUUCUUAACUAAAUACUUAGAAUUUGAAAGAAAAUAUGGAGAUGAAAGUAGACAAGAACAUGUUAGAGACAUUGCUAAAUCAUUUGUUUCAACAAAAUGA